CAGCUUGCUCGCGUCGCGGGCUGAUGACGUAUGUAAAGAAGGGGGCUCCGCUUUGCCACGUCGUUCGCGCUGCGAAGCCGCGGGUUCGAGCGCAGCUGCGCUUCGUUCUGUUUGUCGCGACGGUGCUUCGCUGCCUCGGUCCGGUUUGGUCCCGCCUCGGUGUCCGGCACGGAGCGACUUGGGCCCGUUCGUUCGCCUCCGUUCGGCUCCGGUUCGCCAGGAUGUGUCCUGCGCUGCGCUGACUGAUGUCUCCGCGUCCACGGCAGGCGCUGCGCGUUCAUGUUGUUGGUGGAGAAGGCCUGACGUCGCCACGGGGAGCAGCCGGGAUCAGUGGGGUCACUGGACAUGCCCGUGGGUCGCAGGGGUCCGAGUAGACAGCAGCUGAGCCGCUCCGCUCUGCCCUCCCUGCAGACGCUGGUGGGGAGCAGCAACGGCACGGGGCUCAGGAACAGGAGCAGUGCUUCCGUGGGUGUGUGUGCCCCCCCCCUGACGGCGCUCAUCACCCCGGAACCGGUGAGACACUCGCGUAUCCCUGAGCUCCCGCUGGACAGCAGCCUGCUCUUCGAGCUGAUGCUCUUCCUGUACCUGCUGGUGGCGCUCUUCGUGCAGUACAUCAACAUCUACAAGACCGUGUGGUGGUAUCCGUACAGCCACUCCGCUGCCUCGACCUCGCUGAACUUCCACCUGAUCGACUACCACCUGGUGAUCUUCAUCACAGUGAUGCUGGCCAGGAGGCUGGUGUGGACCAUCAUCUCGGAGGCCUCCCAGCAGAGCUCCAGCUCGGCGCUGCGGUACCUGCUGCUCAUCGCCAUGCGGCUCACGCUGCUCACGCUGUGCGGGUGGCUCCUCUGCUGGACACUCGUCCACCUCUUCAGUAAACAUUCGGUGCUAAACCUGCUCUUCCUCGGGUACCCAUUCGGUGUGUACGUGCCCCUUUGCUGCUUCCACCAGGAGGGCCGGGCGCAGCCCCCCCCCUCCGUCAGCUACUCGUACCUGGAGCAGAAGGCCGAUGGGCGGCGGCUCCGCCCCCGCGACUUCCUGAGCCUGUUGCGCGAGAACCUGCGGGAGCAGCUGUCGAGUCCCGCCCCCGUCCCCCCCCACACGUGCCCCGUUUCCCCGGAGCUGAUCCGCAGCGAGGUGGAGGACCUGAAAGCCGACUUCAACCGGCGUAUCAAGGAGGUGCUUUUCAACUCGCUCUUCAGCGCCUACUACGUGGCCUUCCUGCCGCUGUGCUUCGUGCAGAGCACGCAGUAUUUCGACAUGCGCUGGUCGUGCGAGCACCUCAUCAUGGUUUGGACCAACGCGUUCGUCAUGCUCAUGAGCCAGCUGCUGCCCCCCCGCUACUGCGACCUGCUGCACCGCUCGGCCGCACACCUGGGCAGGUGGCAGAAGCUGGAGCAUGGCUCCUACAGCAAUGCGCCGCAGCACCUCUGGUCAGACAAUACCAUCUGGCCCCAAGGGGUGCUGGUGCGACACAGCCGCUGCCUCUACAAGGCCGUGGGGCCCUACAACGUGGCGCUGCCCUCGGACGUCUCCCACGCCAGGUUCUACUUCCUGUUCCACAAGCCACUGCGCAUCCUGAACCUGCUCAUCGGCAUCGAGGCGAGCGUGGUGCUCUACCAGCUGUACUCGCUGCUGCGCUCCAGCUGCUGGAACAAGACGCUCUCGCUGGGACUCGUCCUCUUCUGCAACUACUACGUGCUCUUCAAGCUGCUGCGCGACCGCAUCGUGCUGGGCAAGGCCUACGCGCAGCCCCCUGCCGGCGGCGGCAGGACCUCGGGCCUCAAGUCACAUUGAAGCGCCGUCGAUGGACUCAGAUCUUAUUUUCGUACGGUUCUAUUUUUCACGCAAUUGUUUAUAUAUUUAAAAACAGAUCUUUUAUAUUUUGUAUACAGUUCUUGCCAUGAGACAAGGGCACAGCGGUUGUUUGCUGCCGCUCCCUGUACGCGGGGGGGGGGUGGGUGCCAGCAGUCUGAGGAAGCAGCUGUGCGUGUCUCCCCCCCCCCCCCACCGCUCUCAGGGCGGCAGUCUUCGUUCGCGCCUAUGUUUGUCUUCUAUUUUUCAUGAACGUCUCUGGUCUUUACCAGCCCCCAGUGCCUCUGCGUACGAAACUGGUUUCGUUUCCUCUGUGCCAAAUGGCCAAAAGCCGCUCCACUGGAGGGUGGGGGCAUUCUGGACGCGGUAACGCAAACGCUGUCCUCAGGUGCGGUUGGGCUCUGUGAGCAGCGCUUGUCAGGCGUGUGGUGUCUCCAGCGACAGGUUUUCCGCAAUGUCAGUAUGAGAGAAUAAAGCAAACUUAAAAACAA